UAUCUUUCUUAAUAGCCAUGGCUGAACCAUCCCUGGCUCAAUUGCUUAAAUCGCAUCAGCAACAACAAUCUGAACGAAAACGCGAAAAUGAACAAUUACGUAAAGAAGCUGUGGCAACAGUCAAUGAGUUAACAGACAGUUUAAAUGAUCAUUUGAAUGAAGGGGUUUCUGAAGUCUUUUUACGGCAAAAAGAGCUAGAACAAGCGUCGCGUAAGCUGUCGACUCAAACGACAAAAUAUACCAAACAAACAAAGCAAUGGCUGACACUUGUCGAUGAAUUCAACACUGCUCUCAAGGAACUUGGAGACGUCAAGAAUUGGGCCAGUGUCAUGGAGAAUGAUAUGCGCACCAUCAUGACAACACUAGAAUUUGUACAUCAGGGCGACAGCAGCCAGCAACAACAACAGUAGGACGUCUAAACCAAGGAACCUCCACAUUGCAUGAUAUUUACUCAUUUUCCAUCAAAAAGCAUCAUAAGUUCAAUAUUAUUAUACCACCCAUCAUCUAGGAGAUUGAUGAAAACAAAAUGAUGUGUUCUUGAUAUUUCUAAUGUAUGAUCUCACGCGUUCUUUGCCACUCACUCUACGACCCUAUCAAAUACGCUUCGCUUAAGGAGAUUACAUUUACUGUUCAAAUUUACCUGGUUUUCAAACAAUACUACGGUUAUAUGUACUGGCGAAGACACAAACUAUUUAUAAUAGCUUUCUCGAAUAUCACUUGUAAACAUUCUAUUGUAGUAUGAGGAGCCUGUUGAAACUACUAUUGCAAUGAUUAAAACAAUGGGUCACCCUGUCAUCGUAAAAGAUGUACACGACGACGACGACGACGACAGUCUGUAUUCAAUGAGACCGUUUU